AGCAGCAUAGCUCUCCACGGUCAGCGCUCCUCCAAUCAAGGCACGUCCCCUUUGCAAUUGUAUCGGCAUUUGGCACCCUACCAACGGCCUCACCUCCACGCGCACUCGUAAUGUCGUUGCCAAGGCUAGGUUACCAUUUGUGCCGGGACAAAUGUGUCAGAAGAACUUAACACCACCUGGGAGGAGAAGAAGAACAGAGCAAAGACAAGAACAGCGCAGUUAAGUUGUUUUUGUUCUGCGUAGCUGGUAGCCCAUUUUGCUGGCACAUUUUUCUGACACCUGAGGCUGGGGCUCGUGCCAUGGCACGCGAGCUAGGGCAGCGCACGCACGCUGGUUUGUGAUGGUCAGAGGCUGCAGGACUCCGAACAACUUUUGUUUCUCUCAUUCACCGACUAGCUCAGAGACUAACCUGAGUGUCCACAUCGACAGCAGGGUAGUGUCUGCUUGAACUUGACUCUGGAAGCCAGGAGCCAACUACAUCACGACAGGAAACAACUGAAGGCAGUAUGGACCCGGAUGUUGGUUAGAAGAUAUAGCAGCUGACACUGAAGCGAGUGUUGAAACACCCUCUCUCUUUCUUUGGCCUCUGAAAGCCGAGACGAUGUCGCUGCUGCUGCGGUGGCGGUGUUCAGCGGAUAUCAAAAUGAACGCCGCUCUCGCCUCCCUUGACUGACACGGACCACCGACAGACAUCCUUUCAUCACGAUUCAAGAUGGAGGAAGAGGGGCCCAGCGGUCCCCACGUCGCAGGAUAUCCUAGUACUGCCACUGUAACCGUCAGUGGUGACACCUUUGACAAUGGCGUUGCCAAGGAUCUCCAUGGUAGCGUGACGCUGCCCAGCUGCAGCGUGCCCAUGCUGUGUACGGACGAGCCGGACUCCCUGGCCGCGUACCCCAUCACCCUUCCCAGCGUGCCUCUCUCCUUCGCCACAGUGCUGUGGGACGUCUCCACCAGCCCCCCGGCCUCCGCCUCCACCGACCUCUCACCCGGUACGGACGGCGGCUCCUCCCUGGCCGACGAGCUGAGCAUGUGCGGCAGCAUCACCCCAGACUGGGUCGUGAACCCGCUGUCUCUGGUGCCGCCCACGCCCACGGAGCGCGUGGUGCCUGAUGGCAUGCUACCUGAUGGUAAUGGGGUCACGUUACCACAAGCUGAGAUCUCAGAGUCCAACAAACAGAACUGUGAUGAUACGGGGGAUGAGAUGACCUCAUAUUCGAUGGGGACCGGGGAUAAAGAGAUGAGUCAGCCUGCAGAGUCCACAGUGGCAGACGUGACCUCGGUGGAAGACGAGAGGCAAGAGGAGAUGUCCGACCUCCCAGAAUGCAAUAGUCAUCUUGAUGAUCCUGAACAGGAUGCAUCCUCUGCCGUGAUGGAGUGCCAGUCAUGUCCAGAGCCAGACGCAGAGAAUUUCACAGACACAUGCUCGGACACGCACACAGACACACAGUCUCAGCAGCACUGUGGUUCUGAUGGAGAAGAAGACGCAGACAUUCUGGAAAAAGAGGAGGAGGAUGAGGAAGAGGACAACGAAGAGGAGGAGGCACAGGAUGAGAGGGAGAACACCAGAAAUCAUUCGCCUCAAGAUGAAGAGCACGUGUGGACGAACAGCAGCCUCCUCUGUCAGGAGGAUGCAGAAGGGCAGCCAUCUGCGCUGAGCAUGGUGGGAGCGAGCACAGGGGAAAUACCAUCAGUGUCAGGGGAAGACGAACAGCGCAGCAGCCCUGCUGAAGAGGCCUCCCCGUCUGCCCACCAGAUGAUGAGCACCAUCACCCCACCACCACCACCACCACCACCACUAGGCCCUAACGAGCUCCAGGAAUGCACCCAGCCCCCAGAGGAAGACUCCCCGCUGUCGAGCAACCUCCUGGGGCCGGGGGGCCCUGCCGAGUCGGGGGAAGAGCUCCAGCUUCAGUCCGAGAGCUCCACUGGCCCGCGAGACAUUUCACACCAUGAGGAGGGGUCACAUGGGUUAGAUCAGGGUGAAGGGUCAGAGGUGACUCUGUCAACGCAUGUGGCCGAGACGUCCACGUUGUUGUUGAUCGAACUGGAGACUAGGGAGAGUGUAGAGGAGGAGGGAAGGACUGCGAGCAGUCAGCUUUUGGUGUGUGUGGAUGGUGUGGAGGUGGGAGAGACUGAUCUUGACAUGGAGGAGGUGGUGGAGGAGGAGGAGAAGUGUUCAGAGGAGGUGGUGAAGGAAGUGGUGGAAGAGGAGCAGCAGGAUUUGGCUGAGCAGUCAGAAGUGGAGGACAUGGAGGCUGAGGAGCAACAAGAAGGUUCUGACCAAUCAGCAGUCACGGAACACUCGCCAAGUCCGGUGGAACCCACAGAGAUUGUAGAACAAUCUAACGAGACAGAACAGUCGCCAUUGUCAACAGCGGAAUCAGAACCUUCAGAAAUGGACCAGACAAAGGCAGAACUUGUAGAGGAAACAAUGGAAGCUGGACUUUCAGUUGAGACCAGUGAAACGGAGCAUCCAGAGGAGACCGCCAUGGAGGAUACAGACAUGACUGAAGCAGUCGAACAGUCAGAAAAGGCUCAGGGAGGAGAGUUGAGUGAAACUAGUCACAAUGAAGAUCCGGUAGAGACAGACCAUUCAGAAGAGACACAACAGACUGAAGCCAAAGGGGGCGAGGAGAGCAAACAAGCAGGGGAGUCUGAGUCAGAACAGUCUCCAACUGACCAAUCAGAAGGAGCUGGUCAGACUGACCGACAGGGACAGUCUGAGAUCAACCAAUCAGAGGAAUGCGCUGAGCACACAGAGGCUUCAGAACAGACUGAAAUAGCAGACAAGAAUGACACAGAAACAUCUCUGAGCACUGCUGUGAACGAGAACUCCUUAGAUAGACAAAUGGAGAAUAAGAAGGAGGAGCAGGAGGAAGAGGAAGAAGAAGAAGAGGAAGAAGAAGAAGAAGAGGAGGAGGAAGAAGAAGAAGAGGAAGAGAAGAAGGGAGUAGAGGAGCGGUACAUGAACGGAGGAGUGGACAGGGAGGAGGCGCGGAGGCUGGCUGAGAAACUGUUCAGGCUGGAGGGCAUCCACCGCACAGAUGUGGUGCGACACCUGGACAAAGAUAAUGAUUUCAGCUGUGCAGUUGGGGAGGAGUACCUCAAGUUCUUCGACUUCACAGGCCAAACUCUGGACCAGGCUUUGAGGUCGUUUCUGAAGGUGGUGGUGUUAAUUGGGGAGACUCAGGAGAGAGAGCGGGUGCUGCAGAGAUUCUCCAGCCGCUUCCAUGAGUGCAACACACACACCUUCUCCUCACCAGGUUCAGUUCUGACUCUGACCUGCGCCAUGAUGCUGCUCAACACUGAUCUGCAUGGACAGAAUGUGGGUAAAGCUAUGACCCAGUCCAGCUUUGUGACGAACCUGGAUGGCAUGAAUGAGGGAGAGAACUUCAGCAAGGAUCUGCUCAAGGGCCUGUACAACGGCAUCAAGAAUGAACCCCUGGAGUGGGCCGUUGAUGAGAAGGAGCUUCAGAGCUCCAUGAUGUGUCCGGAGGAUGUGGGUGUGGAGUCCUCGAUGCGCUCCAGGGCCAACCCCUUCCAGAGCGUCGCCCACGACAAGAAGGCCACCGUCUUCCACAAGGGCUUCCUCAAACGCAAGGCACACGCAGACAUCGACGGCAAACGCACGCCGUGGGGCAAAAGGAGUUGGAAGACGUUCUAUGCUGUGCUGAAGGGGAUGGUGCUCUACCUACAGAAGGAUGACUACAGUUCAGACUGGCAGAGUUCGGAGGAGGUGGUGAGUGUGCACCACGCGCUGGCGGAGAGGGCGGUGGACUACACCAAGCGGCCGUACGUCUUCCGCCUGCAGACCGCCGACUGGAGGGUCUUCCUCUUCGAGGCAGCUUCCACAGAGCAGAUGUGUGCCUGGAUUUGUCGUAUUAACCUGGUGGCGGCGCUCUACUCCUCCCCUCCGUUCCCGGCUGCUGUGGGCUCCCAACGCAGGUUCACACGACCCAUCCUACCCGCGUCACAGUCAUCACUCGCUCAGGACAAGCAGCUGGAGUCCCAUGGUGCCAUGCUGCAGGCGUUCCAGGAGGACCUGACCCAGCUGCAGCAGAGCCUGCCGGAGGGCCGCAAGCACAAGGCCAGAGAACUGGAGGAACACAAGAUCAAAGAGGAGUACCUGCAGCACGAGAGGAGCCGCUACGAGGUGUACAUGCAGAUGCUGGAGGCCUGGAGCUGUCUGAAGCGCGCCUCCACCUCCGAGGUCACGGCCACCCAGCUGGGCCAGUUCGACCAGCAGGUGUGUAAGGAGGCGCUGGAGGAGGGAGAGGAGGAGGACGAAGCGGACGGGGGGAUGAAGAGGUCCCACUCCCUCGAGCUGGAGACCGCGCCCCCUCCCGUUGUUAAAGUCAGACGCAACAUCUCAGAGAGACGCACCUACCGCAAGAUCAUCGUCCCGCGACGCAACCGUGAGACUUAAUCGCUUAGGGCGUCAGACUUGUAGCCCAAAGGUUGCCGCUUCGACUCUUGACCCACCAGGUUGGUGGGGGGAGUAAUUAACCAGUGCUCUUCCGCAUCCUCCUCCAUGACUGAGGUACCCUGAGCAUGGUACCGUCCGCCGCACUGCUUCCUUGGGGUGCCAUUAGGGGCUGCCCCCUUGCUUGGGUGAAGCAUACAGUAAAUGCAAUUUCAUUGUGUUUUGUGUGCCGUGUACACCUGUGAGCUGUGUAAAAUGACAAUGGUAGUGGAGCUGUGACCUUGUCACGAGUUGUGACAUCAUCAUCCUGCAAUACGACUGCUAGCCUGCGGCAGCUGCAAUAUCUCCAAGAGACAUACUACCAUGCCUCCCUUUUGUAAAGCAACCUUGGCUUACUUGAAAGGCGCUAUAUAAAAG